AAAACAAAACUGGCUUUUUUUUUAUUAAAAUCCCCAUGGCAGAAUUCGGGAGUAAACACAGAGAUUAUGGCCUUGAGGCAUUUGUAUAAAAUCAUUAAAAUAUAAGUUGUUGUUUACUUCAGUCCACACUGCUGCAUUCGUCGAUGUACCGUCCAUCGACUAACUCCAUACAAGGCCGCGAUAUCUUUAACUUUUAACCCAUACAUGAGAUACCCCUCUAUGGCCUCGCCAGGGAUCUCCACGGCUGCUGGUCUCCCCACUCCCCUAGGCCUCUCCGAAUACAAUUGUUCUUCCACCACCUUUAAGAGGUCAGCAGCCAAACGGGUGUCGGCGCCUGAUAAGGCAGAAAAUUCUCCCAGACGUUCCAACAACGUACUGGUUCUAUCACCUACAUACUCGUAAUAAUCUUCGGAAAUACUACCGUUUCUCUGUUCACGCUCCACUUCAUCUGCUAGUGAAUUUAACGCUCGUAUUAGCUCUGCCGCCGCCAUUUUUCCAACACCUCAAAACCAUAGACUGUAAGCUCGAACGUAAUGUUUAUCGUUUGUUUUUUGAGUAAACUGAAGUACAUAAAGUCCUGAUGUCCCAACGUUUGAAAAUGGAUCUUUUUGAAAACAUAGCGUGGACUGUGAAAACGGAUGCUUUCGAAAACGAUGAAGCGUUUAGUCAUGUGACACAUUCAGUCCAAAACAAGAUGGCGAACGACGUUGUAUCUUGGCUACUCCAGUUUGAUGGCGUUGUUCAAGAUUAACGUCAGUUUGUAAAUACUUCAUCUUACAUUUCUUCAAAUGAGACGGGAUGUUUAUUCGCAGUUGUUCAGCGGCGGAACGCGAGGACAUUUUCAAAGAGGCGGAAGUAAAUAAACGCCUGAACUUGUGUUUCCGGAUUCAAGUAGACCGCCAUUAAACUCCGAGAAAGCGAAAGUGAAACUAGUAAAACAGGAUCCAUUUUAUGACGCAGGAAAUUACACGACGAGAGAAACUCAAAAUUUGACAGUUUUCGCUCCACUGAAUUGUCUGAAACAAUCAAUAAAUUCAUUGUGAAGUAUUUUGUAGGUGAUAUUCUAGUCAGUAAAGAGGAACAUCAACAGUUCUUGACAGGUGUUCAGUGGACUGUUCAGAUGAUGUCAUGGACUCCACAAAGGAUCUCAGUGGACAGACAGACACAGGGAAGGUCAAGAGGAUACACAAACCCUGCCGAAGUGCUGCGGGGAAUCAGGAUGAUGAGGCCCAUUCAUCAGCGAAGCGUCAAUCGGUGAGACGAUGUGAUGUUCAUGAGGACACUGUAGGGGAGCCGAAAGUUUUCCUUCAGCUGGCUCGUGCAUAUCAACGGCAAUGUGUCAUUCAUGGAGAAUCUCCUGAAUCCAGCUGUGUGUCCAUGAAGAGUGACCGGUCAAUGAAUCAUCCACUUAAAUUCAGUUCAGGAGCCCCUUGUGCUGAUGUGAGUGUCAUUCAUGGAGAAUCUCCUGAACCCAGCUGUGUGUCCAUGAAGAGUGACCGGUCAAUGAGUCAUCCACUUACCUUCAGUUCAGGAGAGUCUUUGAUCAACUACAGAAACAAACAGGAUGCAUCAGAGUCAACUGCUGGGAAAGUGACAUUGGACUCCAUUUUUGUGGAACUUGAGCACAAAAUCAUCUCUCUGAUGAAGAAAGAGCUGAAGAAUAUCAAGAGACUACUGAUCUCAGAUUCCCCAGCAUGCUCUGAGAGAGAGAAGGAGGAUGAUGAAGGUCAGAGCAGAGUCAGAGAGGGGUUUCUGAAGAUCACACUGCACGUCCUGAAGAAGAUGAAGCAGACAGACCUCGCUAACACACUUCAAACCAAACUGAUUUCUGUGCAUCAACAAAAACUCAAAACAAAACUAAAAGAGAAAUUCCAGAGAAUUACUGAAGGAAUGUCAAAUCAAAGCAGCUCAACACUUGUGAAUGAGAUCUACACAGAGCUGUACAUCACAGAGGGAGGGGGUGCAGAGAUCAAUAAUGAACAUGAGGUGAGACAGAUUGAGACAGCAUCCAGGAGAGCAGACACACAGGAAACACCAAUCAAAUGCAAUGACAUCUUUAAAGCCUUACCUGGACAAGACAAAGCCAUCAGAACUGUGCUGACUAAAGGAGUUGCUGGAAUUGGGAAAACUGUCUCUGUGCAGAAUUUCAUUGUGGACUGGACUGAAGGAAAAGCAAAUCAGGAUGUUCACUUCAUAUUUCCACUUCCUUUCAGAGAGCUCAAUCUGAUGAAGCACAAAAAUAUCAGUUUGAUGGAUCUUCUUCAUCAGUUUUUCACAGAUACAAAACAACUGAGAGAAUUGAAAACAUUCCUUGAUGACUACAAAGUCAUUUUCAUUUUUGAUGGUCUGGAUGAGUGUCGAGCUUCCUCUAGAUUUCCAGAACAAUGAUAUUUUGUGUGAUGUGACAGAAUCGGCCUCAGUGGAUGUGCUGCUGACCAACCUCAUCAAGGGGAAUCUGCUUCCUUCUGCUCUACUCUGGAUCACCUCUCGACCAGCAGCAGCCAAUCAGAUUCCUCCUGAGUGUGUUGACCAGCUCACAGAUG